GUUUAAUUCAAAACAGUUGGAUCCUACGCUAUAAAAAACAUAAAUUAAACGCGCUCGUCCGCAGUUGUGAAAAUCACUUCAAACCCUAAACAUACACAAACGAAGCGAAAAAUAUACAAAAAAUUGUUUAGAAACACGAAUACAAAAAUAAAUUAAACGAAACAUUAGCGAUAAACAACAAAAUCUCCCUUAAAAAAAUUAUAUUAAUUUUUUAUUCAAAAAAAAAAAAUAGUGAAAGAAACUAAAGUUCAAACAAGCGAUCAAAGAUGCGGCGAAUAAAUAGAACACAAUCGAGCCCCUGUGUCUUUUUAGUAUUUGCCGUUAUGUGCAUCACCAGCUCAGCGAUCAAACCGCUACAUGCUGUUCAACUUGGCAAUCGCGAUGCAGUGAUCACGUUAUAUAAUGUGGCACCAGCCGACGACUUGGGUAUCUAUCGGUAUGCAUACUCGACGAGUAACGGUAUUGCAGUACAGGCCGCUGGCAGCGCACUGGAAACCAUUGGCAUAUUUAGCUACACCUCACCCGAGGGCAUACCAAUCGAAGUGCGUUAUAUUGCUGAUGAACUGGGUUUCCAUGCUGUUGGACGCCAUUUACCCCGUCCGCAACCAAUACCAGACUACAUACUUCGUUCGCUCGAGUAUAUACGCACGCAUGCGAAUGAGGAGGAUCGUGGCCGUUACAGGGUUUACAAAUAAAAUCAUAUUGUACACAUACUACAAUAUAUCAAUUAUAUUUUAAAUAUUUUGCAUUCUCAUAUGCGCACAGAAUAUAUUUAAUCAUUAAAAAAUCACAAAAAACCAUUUUGAGCUGCCGAAAUGGCAAAGUGCAUACAUUGCUAACGGUCAAACAAAUUAAACAAAUGCUCGUUGGUUCGACAAAAGUAAUUUAGUAAUUUUUGGUUUUUAUCUAGCAAAUUUAUAUAGCUAAUAAUAAUUGUAAGCACUUUCUAAUAUUACAUACAUACAUAUGUAAAUACACA